AGUGGCAGCCAUUUUUCCUGACAUUGCCGUUCCUGCGGCUCGUGGUGCUAAUUGUCGUUGGGUCCUCGAGUGAUCUCGAGACGAUCGGCUAGUCGAGGGACGGUGCUCUAGUCGGGACCGCGGUAUUGUUGUGCGCAUCGAGAUAAAGGCGACGCGAGAUAACGAUAAGAGAAUUUAGACGUCAAUGGUACGGCGUGGCUCGAAGUGACGAGUGCGUGUGUAAACGAUUCGCAGAAAGUAGUGGGGCUUGCUCGUAGUUGGCUGAGUGGACAGCCGAAAAGGAGGAGUUGCCGACAACGAGAAGGGUGUUAUAGGAGGCGACAACGACGGCGACGGUGACGACAACGACGACCACGACGACAACGACGGCUACGAUACGACGGCGGCAACGAUCGCGGAAACGGAGCUACGGCAGCCCAGCCUAGGCGCCCUUAUUUCGUGGUUUCAUCCCUAGAAACCUUCCUCGAACGGGAAUCGUUAGUAUUGCACAGUGCACACAGUCACGCGCCACCGCGUACAUCAGCGCCACGAGAUGGAGAGGCGAGCUGCUUUUGUGCUGCUGGGGAUGCUAUAUUUAGCGGGCACCCUCGUCACGGUCCAGGCAGUCACCUACACGGGGGCGUCUAUCGUGCACGAGGGCCAACCUUGGACGAUCGAGUGCAGCGGUCUGAAGCCGGACGAUAUGAUCAGAUGGACCAGAAACGGACAGUCGCUCGAGCCGGAGUUGGCGAGUGGUCAGUUGGUCGUCAACUCGGUGGUGGGCACCGGAAGCAGCACGCUCCGGGCGACGCACGCCACCGCCAACCAUGACGGGGACUACAAGUGCUCGCCGGACAGCAACGAUGUCUUUCAUCUGUGGAUAUAUUUCGACGUGAAGAUCAGAGUACUUACACCCGAGGAUACGCCUUUGGUGAUGGAGUGCGCGAACAGGACCGCCGGUGCCAAGGUGGCUUGGUUCAAAGAUGACGUUCCAAUAUAUACAGCGUUAUCCGACAACGAGGACGACAUCAAGUUGGACAAUGACACAGGCACCCUAGAGCUUCUGAAGAGCGACGACGACUUGCUUGGAAAUUAUACUUGCAAAGCACACAAUUCCUCCACAGAGUAUAGGAUCGUACCGAAACCCACCGCACACAUGAUCGAGUCUAUCAGUGUGGUGGAAGGAGAGAAACUGACUUUGGUAUGUGGCGGCAAGCAGAGUCCUGGUAUUAAAGUAUCAUGGACGUUCGGAGAUCAGAACUACACUCGCAGCAAAGGUCGCGUUAAGAUCGGCCGUGACCCGGAGAAAGGCAUCUACGGCACCGUCCUCACUGUCGAGAACAUCGAGAUGAACGACCGCGGCAACGUCUACUGCAGGGUAUCGUACAACUGGUCCGACUACGACCAGAAUCACGAGGCAGAGGCCCAUACAUUCCUUAGGAUCAAAGACAAGCUCGCAGCCCUCUGGCCCUUCCUAGGCAUUUGCGCGGAGGUCGUCGUUCUGUGCGCCAUCAUCCUAGUUUACGAGAAGAAACGAAAUAAGGCUGAACUCGAGGAAUCAGACACCGAUCAGAGUCCUGACACCAAGGCAACGCCCAACAAGGAUUCCGAGGUCAGGCAGAGAAAGUGAAACGGCGAGGAAUAAGCGGCGAACGAAUGAGAGCGAUGCAGGAUAGCAGAAUGGAUAUGGGGAAUGAUCGUGGCGUCUUGCCCGGAGUGACAAUAGAUGAUAGCUGUACAGAGAGGAGAUAUAUAGAAAGAGAGAGAGAGAGAGAGAGAGAGAGAGAGAGAGAGAGAGAGAGAGAGAGAGAGAAAGGGAGCGAGAGAGAGUGAGAGAGGCAGAGAUAACGGGGUAAUAAAGUUCCGAAACGAGAAAGACAUCGUUCGAGAAAACGAAUAAAGAGAAAUAAUAGAAAACGGUAAACCGUUCAGACAGUGGACAGAGAGAUUAUAAUAAUAAAGCUCGAGUGACGGGAACGAGGAGUCCGGUCGUUCCGAGUGCGUAACCUGCGCGACACACAACCAGGGCUCGUCUGUGCACAGAGAACGCAGCAUAGCGCGCGUGCGCGGGAUAUUACAAUUUACUAACAAAUUAAAUUAAGCCUUACUAUCGUGUUCACUCCAUUUAUCAGAUGUUUCGCCUGUCCGUACUCUCUCGACUACACUGCUUUGAUCGACGAAAGAAGUUGGGGAGAAAUUUUGUGCUGCUGAUCCUUGCGUGAGUUGUACGUGUAGAUGAUAAGAGUGCGCGAUGGAAAAAGGAAGGGGAGAAUAAAGGGAGUAGGAACCCGAGGAAAGAAACGGAAGGCAAAACGAGAAAAGGCGAGAAAUGGAGGGUUUCGGUGUGCGUGUGCGUGUGUAUGCAUGUAUGUGUGUGCAUGAUUGCAUGCGCUUGAACGAAAGGAGAAUGUGAAAUAGUGACAAAAAAAGAUGAAAAAUGAUUUUUCGUACAGCAUACCCGCCAAAUGGCGAUAUAUCUACACGAGCGAGUUGUAAAUUCGUUUCUAUUAUAAUAACCGCUUGUACGAUUAAAUACACACACACACACACACACACACACGUACAUACACACGUACAUACACGAACGCGCGUGAUUCGCGCGUUGAUAUAUACAUACACAUAUAUAAACUAUGUUUGAGGCGCAUUUAUUCUCGUAAUCUUGAGGAAAUUCGUUUUCUUGCCGUAGCUUUGGCGGGUAUGCUGCCUUGAUUUCAGAGCGCGUAGGCCCCCCCUGUUUCUCAUAUUUCGCACGUGUGACCGAAGAGAAAAAAAAUUUUACGGUAGGACCGAAAAAUAUGUGCUCGAUACUAGUUACGUAAUAAUAGGAUCAAGAGGCAAUGCGUGCUAUAAUUGGCUUCCGAACACACCACAGACUUUUCGGAGGUAUUAAAAGCUUACCUUGGUGGGGCGUCGCCUUAUGAUAAUUAUUAUUAAUUAUUAAUUAUUAUUAUUACUAUUAUUAUUAUUACUACUAUUAUUAUUGCUAUUAUUAUUAUUAUUAUUAUUAUUAUGAUCUUAAAUAUUCCAUCGUUCAUGGAGAAAACACACCAUCGGAAGUCAUGUUUUUGCGCGCGACGCCGUUGUUAACGACGUUAAAUGUAAUUAUUAAUACUGUAAUAUUAUUGCCAUCGUUACUACUGCUGCUACUAUCGUUAUUAUGAUUAUUACAAGUAUUAUCGUUAAUUUUACCACUAUUGUAAUAAUUUAUGAUCCGUACCAACACGAUUGUCUAUCGACAGUGUGUCGUCAUUGUAAGUAUUACAAGAUUUCUAUAUCCAU